AUGAAAGCCUGCAUUUUCUGGAACCGUCUACAAAACCCAUGUCUAAAGUUUCAAUCUUUCAUCUUCUUCUGCUCUGUCACUGCCCUCAUUUGCUUCACUGAACCGAAACUCUGCUCCCCUCAAACCCAAACACUUGUUUUACCCCUCAAAACUCAACAAAUUCCAUCUGGGUCCCUCCCAAAGUCCCCAAACAGGCUUCCCUUUCAUCACAAUGUCACCCUCACAGUCUCUAUCGCAGUGGGAACGCCUCCACAGAACGUUUCGAUGGUCAUCGACACUGGAAGCGAGCUCUCUUGGCUUCACUGCAACAAAACCCGAAACUUUAACACCACUUUCGACCCGACCCGGUCCUCCUCCUACUCGCCCGUCCCGUGUUCGUCGUCCACCUGUACGACCCGGACCCAAGACCUCACCAUACCCGCUUCCUGCGACUCCAACAAGCUCUGCCACGCCAUUCUUUCCUACGCUGACGCCUCGUCCAACGAAGGAAAUCUCGCCUCCGAUACGUUUUAUAUCGGAAGCUCCGGAAUUUCGGGUUUGGUUUUCGGGUGCAUGGACACAACCUUCAGCUCCAACACGGACGAGGACGCGAAGACCACCGGGUUAAUGGGCAUGAACCGCGGGUCUCUCUCGUUCGUUUCCCAAAUGGGGUUUCCGAAAUUUUCAUACUGCAUUUCGGGUUCCGAUUUUUCGGGCCUGUUAUUGCUUGGAGACUCUAACUUCUCUUGGAUCGCGCCGUUAAAUUACACCCCAUUGGUUCAAAUCUCGACCCCAUUGCCGUACUUCGACCGGGUCGCUUACACUGUCCAGCUUGAAGGCAUCAAAGUUUCGGACAAAUUGCUUCCGAUACCGAAAUCGGUUUUCGUACCGGACCAUUCCGGGGCGGGUCAAACCAUGGUUGACUCGGGAACCCAGUUCACUUUCCUUCUCGGCCCGGUUUACACCGCUUUGAGAGACGAGUUCUUGAACCAGACCUCAAAGAUUCUCAGCGUUUUGGAUGAUCCAAACUUUGUUUUCCAAGGUGCCAUGGAUUUGUGCUACUGGGUCCCUCCGGGUCAACCGAGAAUGCCGCCAUUGCCUUCUGUGAGCUUAAUGUUUCGGGGGGCCGAAAUGAAGGUAUCGGGUGGCCAGUUGCUGUAUCGAGUACCGGGUCAAGUGAGGGGAAAUGAUACGCUGCAUUGCUUCACAUUUGGGAACUCUGACCUUUUAGGCGUGGAGGCGUACGUGAUUGGUCAUCACCAUCAGCAAAACGUGUGGAUGGAAUUUGAUCUCCAAAACUCAAGGAUCGGUUUGGCUCAGGUGCAGUGUGAUUUGGCGGGUCAGAGAUUCGGUCUCAGUGUAUAG